AUGGGAUUAUGCAUGGUGAAUGCAGACACGUACAGAUUUUGGAAAGCAAAAUUACCUAUUGAUGAAGUUUUGGUUAGGAUACACAUUGCAGUUGUUUCAAGGUGUACUUGUUGCUCAAAUCCACUUCAGGAGACAGUGGAUCAUUUGUUUCUUACUAGAGAAUUUGCAACUAAAAUAUGGCAGUAUUUCAUCAAUGGCGUAGGAUUACAAGGACCUUUUGUGCAGUGUAAUAUUGAUGGGGUAUCGAAAGGAAAUCCUGGUCCUAGUUCAGCAUCUCUUUAUAUCAGGAAUGAAGAGGGAGAUUUGAUAUAUGCAAGUGGGAGGCAAUUUCCAAAUACUACAAAUAUUAUUGCUGAAGCAACUGCUAUAAAGGAUGGUCUGCAAUACUGCAUUUCAAAUCAGCUUCUACCAGUAAAAUUAGAAACUGAUUCCCUAACAAUGAAGAACAUAUUGAAAGGAAGGUGGGAAGUACCUUGGAGUAUAUCUAUGGAGGUUAAUGGGAUUCAGAGGAUAAGAAGAGACAAAGCAAUUCAAUUUGAACAUAUGCUGAGAGAGGGCAACACUGCAACUGAUUUUUGCACUAACUUAGCUUUUCAUUUUGCGGGUUCUUUCCAUUUUACAACUUUUCAGGAGGCAACAGUUAAAGCAAGGAGAAUACUUAACUUGGACAAGGCUUCAGUACCACAUAUUUGA